AUGCCUACGUCCAACAAACCGAAGUGCGGCUCCAUUUCCACUCGCACCGGAGCGAACAUUCGCAGUCGGUCAGCGAGGCCUAGACCGACAGCUGGUGAAUCCAUUGUUCGCACCGAAAGCAGCACUAGCAGAAGCAGCUCAAAGACAGCGGGCCGAAAUUCCACGGGGCCUGUGAGCCAAGCCGCGGAAGGGUCAACUUCUCAACCGCCGAAGAAUGCAUCCACAGAGAAAUUGACGGGACCUACGAGCCAGUUCCAAGGGUCGCAAGUGGACACCGCGGUGCUGCCAAAAGCGCCAGUGGACGCAGAAAGCCAUACGUCCUUGGCCACCUUGAAGUCCGGCACCCAUCACAAUACCUCGCGAGCACCAUCUGCUGCGGCGACACCUUCCCGUGCAGAGCUACUCCCGGGGUUUGUCGCCAUAGACAGCUGGGAGGCGGUUCAAGCCAAUACAUACGUCGUCCUGGGCCACGGGCCGUACCAGCGCCGCGUUCUGAUGUGUGGAAUGCUCUCCGUCACCGUGGUGCUUUUCCACUACCUUGCGUACAAACUCGUCGGCAAGCAGGUCGAUCACUGGUGCAUGACCCCGGACGACUUGUCGUUUCUGUCGAUAGCCACCUGGAAAAACACUUCCAUACCCAUCGAAGCUGACGGCAACUACAGCCGAUGUACGAUGUACGACCCACCUUUGCCGAUAAGCCAAGAAAACAGGACCGCUGUUCCCUGCCACCAGUGGGGCUACGACAUCGCGAACAAGGCAGACAGCAUCGUGAGUCGUUUCGACCUCGUUUGCGACCGCAAGUACCUGUACGACCUGUCCUCGCUCGCACCCAUCAUCGGUUCCGCUCUCGUAGCGCCCCUACUUGGCUUGGCAUCGGACCGUGCUGGCAGGAAGCCGGUGAUGCUGAUGUGCGCGUUCGUCCAACUCUUGGCCACCGUCGCAUGCAGCUUCUCACAGACGUACACGUUCUUCGUCUCCACACGGGUCGUGCUCUUCGUGGCGGCCGACGUCACCUUCCUCAACACAUUCAUCCUGAUCCACGAGGUGACAGGAAAUGAGCGUCGCGCUACGUUCACUAUCCUGGACACUGCAGUACCGCUCACCGUAGUCCCUCCGCUGAUGCAUGCGCUUUCUCUUCUGGAACCGCGCUGGAUGCUGGCCCAGGCGCUUACCGUUCUCAGCGGGGUCAUGCUAGCGGUUUGGUGCUGGCUGCAGGAAGAGUCGCCCGCCUGGCUCAUCGCAACACGACACAUCGGUAAAGCCGGAAAGGUGGUACUGCUGGCAGCCAAAGAAAAUGGUGUGGACGUAGAGAAAGCCCGGACGACCUUUACGGUCAUCAUGGAACAGCUGUCUAAGCUGGACGAGGAUACCCCAAACGCGGCUCCAAUAGAGCGUGUAUUGGAGGCUGUUAAGACGCGACGUCGCGCAAUAUCCGCCCUCUUGACCAGGUUCACGUUAGACGCCACUUUCAUCGGCGUCACCAUUAAAGACGAGGCAACCGGGAUCUCUUGGGAGGUGGCAAAUGUCUUCGCGUUUGCGGCCUACGUGGCGUCCAUCUGCGUUUUCAUACGGCGAUACGGUGUCAGGGAGUGUCUUUCGGGUCUGCUGGUCAUCUUGAGUGGUUUCUGCAUUCUGGAAGCGCUAACAAUCAUCGCCGGCGAACACACGUUGACGCGAUUUGUGCAAGCAGGUUUGAAAGUGGCCGUGUCCGGCGCAUUGACCGUCGUGUGUUGUUACACGGCAGAGACCUUCCCAACGGCUGUGCGGAAUGUCGGCAUCAGCUUAGCGCACCUCGCCGGUGGUUUAGGCAACGUCGUAGCCAUUGCCGUCAUACUCCUUACCGAACCACACGCCGGCCAUGUGUUUUACGCUCUGUCAGCCUUCAUGGUUCUGCUAAGCGUCGCUGCGAUACAAUGGCUACCAGAAGUCUACGUUCAAAAACUGCCACGUGCGAAAUCGCAGAGCUCGCUGAGCGCCCAAGAACGGAAAGCGGCACUCGUAGCAUCACUGAAUGCUGGGAUUCCGAGCCACAAACGCAGGGAAAGCAGAAUGAAUUAUGGGGUCGCGUAUUGA